CUUCCACUGAAGAGGGGUUGAGGUCACUGAGGCAGUUAAACACCUCCUUAGUGGCAGGGCUUCUGGAGUGGAUGAGAUUUGCCCUGAGUUCCUGAAGGCUCUUGAUGUUAUUGAGAUGUCUUGUCUGACACACCUUUUCAACAUUGCUUGGAGGUCAGGGAGAGUACCUUGGGUUUGGCAGACUGGGUGGUGGUCCCUAUGUUUAAGAAGGGUGACUGGAGAGUGUGUUCCAAAUUUAGGGGGAUCACACUCCUUAGCCUCCCUGGGAAGGUCUAUGCCAGGGUACUGGAGAGGAGGGUCUGAACAUUAGUCAAACCUCGUAUUCAGGAGGAGCAAUGUGGAUUCCAUCCUGGCUGUGGAACAGUGGACCAGCUCUUCACCCUUGAAAGGAUCAUGGAAGACUCAUUGGCUGAUGGUGAUGGCGUUGAGGCGUUUGGAGGUUCUGGCUCUGUAUCGUCGGGUUCUCAGGAUCGCUCGCAGCUGGCAGGCUCAGUCAGCACUCGCACACGAUACAGAGACAGAGAGGAAGUACAUCACACAGGAGGCACGCUCGCUGUUCAGACAGAACCAACACCUGACAGACCCAGAGUUAAUCAGUAGGUGUGUAGCGGAGUGUGAGGCUCGAAUAGAGCUCGGACUGCAUUACAGAAAUCCGUAUCCCAGACCUUUGUAUCUUCCUCCGAUGGGUUUGGCCACUCAGAAAGGCAGAAAGCUUCGAGCACAGCAGCGACUCAGGAAACAAGCCAAGCCUGUGUACUUACAGUCCCACGAUGAGACAUAACACACACACACACACACACACACACACACAGUCUGUAAAUUGCCUGUGUAUAUACUGCCAGGUUGAAUAAAAUAGUGUUUGAGUGUUUAAACGAAAUAUGACACUUCUGAAUGUAUAUCUAUAAUUGCAGAACUGAAGAUUAUAUUAGCCUGAAAUUUUUUCUUUGAAAAAAAGUCAGCCAUUUUGUUCAUGUGCAGAAGAAAUAAUGUCUCAUGUGCUGUGCAGCAGGUUCUUCAUCUGGUUUCAUCUCUACUCUGCUUCAUGAAGGAUCCUAUGCACUAAAUAUUCCAAUAAUGCAGCUCAGCCAUUACAGCUCACUAACUCUUAAUUUAUGGAUUUGUUUUGGGGAUCACUUUCUUACAAGUCAUUAUUAUGAAAGGCUGAGUUUUUUUCCGCUGUAAUAAAGUAACGUGUAUACAACACUUGUGACGUACUGUAUAUCUGACAAUGCUCCCUUCUUUUCCCUCCUCAGCAGCACACACACACACACACUAGCUGCAGCCUACUGUACACACCACCAAACCUACCGGUGAUACUAUCAUCAGUCGUCGAUAGUUAGAGGGCAUGACAGGACAAUACUGCAUAUUGUAUAGAAAUAUUGUAACCAUAAAAUAUUAACUACAAUAUGUGUACUCAGAUUUGAUAAUAUUUAAUCCUCAAUGUUGUAGAUGUAUGGAACCGGUAUAGUGCACAAGGUGACACGGAGGCCUGAAAGUGAUCUUUGUGACCUUACAUAGGCAGCGGUAUCCUGCUAUGUGGGAGAGCAGGAACAAGCUGUAAGUUUAAUUGAGUAAAGCUGCCUUAAACAACAACAUAAGCAUGUAUGGAAAUGUUGGGUCUUUUUUUUUUUUAUGAAAAACAGGAUGUGGAAGUUUUUUUUCCAUGUAAUGCCCUUCUGAAGAGUUGGGUAACUUUUCUCUUGGCUUGCUUCUUGAAAGAAUAAAGUCUAUUGGCCUCAA